AUGGCGGCCACACCUAUCGCUUUCUUCGGCCUCAAGCUCGUCCCGGGCAAGGUCCACAGGAUGGACGUCUCGCGUGACUUCAAGAUCACCAACGUCUCCUACGCCGACCAGCCCAAGUCCGGCACAAAGACCCUCGUCAAGGUCCACUACACCCACGUUCCCGGCUUCGAGGACGAGUACGACGAGGACGAAGACGAAUCCAAGCCCGUCGAAGACGAGGACGAGAUCGAGGAGAAGAUCUACACCCUCUGCAGCCUCAACGCCGCCAACAAGGACCACGCCACCGUCGACCUUCAAUUCUGCCAGGAGGAGCUCAUCGGCUUCUCCAUCACCGGCGAUGCCACCGUCGAUCUCGUCGGCAACUACGUCGCCUCGCCCGACUUUUACGACCAGGAGCCCUCGGACGACGAAAUCUACUCGGACGACGACGACGACGACAUCAUGUACGGUCUCGACUCGGACGAGCUCGACGAGGAGGACAGCGAUGACGACGAAGACAUGCAAGAUGAUCCCGAGCGAUUCGAGGAGCUUGUCGAGUCGCCCGCAACCAAGCCCAAGAAGGCCGCUGUCGCACCCGCCUCGGAUUCCAAGAAGCGUGCUGCCGAAAAGCCUGUCAAGGAAAUCGCCGCAAAGAAGCUCAAGGCCGACGCCGCUGCCGCUGCAUCCGCCUCGGCUGCCUCGACACCCACCAAGGCCACCGAGACCAAGACCGACAAGCAGGCCAAGAGCCCCAAGGAUGUCAAGCCCAAGGCCGAGGCCGCGGACAAGAAGGCCGCUCAGAAGCCCGCCUCCAAGAUGACCACCACCAAGCUUCCCUCGGGCCUCGUCAUCGAAGAGAAGAGCCCAGGCAACGGCCCGGCCUGCAAGUCCGGCCAGAAGGUCGGCAUGCGCUACGUCGGAAAGCUCACCAACGGAAAGAUCUUCGACCAGAACACCAGCGGCAAGCCCUUCAGCUUCAAGCUCGGCACCGGCGAGGUCAUCAAAGGCUGGGACGAGGGCGUAAAGGGCAUGCGCGUCGGUGCCGAGCGCCGUCUCACCUGCCCUGCCAAGCUCGCCUACGGCAACCAGAAGCUUCCCGGCAUUCCUGCCAACUCCACCCUCGUCUUCGACGUCAAGCUGGUUGAGAUCAAGUAA